AUGAUUCCUCGCAUGCUGGUGACCCUCAUCUUGGGUUCACAUGCUGUCCCAUAUGGGCCUUGUGUGCUGCAAAUCCACGUUGACGGUCACAUAUUGAUAGUGGGAACAUUUGUUUUAUCGUUUAUGGCAAUUGACCGUUAUGUUGCUGUAGUUUACCCACUUAGAUACCCUUCUGUAGUCACAAAUAAAACAGUCUUAGUCAGCCUCAUGCAUACCAAUAUAUGUGCUACUGUACUUAUUCUACCGUUUCCAGUGUUCUUGGCAGAGCUUCCAUUUUGUAAUGGUAAUGUCCUGCCUUCUUGCUACUGUGAUUAUAUUACAAUGGUCCAAAUGGCUUGCAGAAGAGAUCCAAAGUUUCUAACUUAUAUGUCGGUAAUGACAUUAAUCUUUGCUAUUGGUCCUUUGCUACUGAUCUUGCUUUCUUACCUUCGAAUCACACUGGCAGCACUGCAAAUAUCUUCCAUUGAGGGAAGGAAAAAGGUGUUCAGCACCUGUUCGACUCACCUGUUGGUGGUGGCUAUUGUUUAUUUACCGGUGCUUUUGUUGUACGCAUUACCAGGAGCUGGAAUUGUUUUGUCAACGGAGGCCUACAACAGUCUGGUGAUAGUUAUUACUACGGUCCCUUCUGCAUUACAUCCUAUUAUUUAUAGCUUUCGUAACAAGGAGAUUAAAACAAGCAUUUACAAGAUUUUUAGUCGUAAUAAAACCAUGCCAGCAUUUUAA